UUCAAUUUUGUUUAGAAUAGUUAGAGAAACGUAGAAUUCAAUCAACCAGGAAACCCCAACUACAUUCACCACUUAAAACCAAAUCCCAAAAAGUUGAAAUGAUAGACAUAUAAACUCAUCAAAUCAUUCAUCACGUACAGUGAAAAGAUUUCCUCUAUAUAUAAUAUACCUUGAAGAAAAAGAAACUUAAGCUACCAUCAUAGAGGUCCUUGCCUGCAGAAAUGGAAUUAAUAUUGCUUCUUGUGAAGAUCAUUGGGACAGUGGUGUUGGUUGGAGUUAGUGUGAUGUUCCUUCGCCUGUUGGAUGCUCUUGUUUUGACUCCCAAAAGGAUUCGUUCCCAGCUCCAAAUUCAACCCAUCACCCAAAGUACUCCGCCCCCUUCCUUGGCCCCAAACAACACCCAAUUCAAAGGGAAACCGGUGUGGUUCAACGCAUAUGUUUUCACCGAGGGGAAUACGGAUUUUGCAGAGGAAGCAUCCGGAUAUGGCCGAAAAUGGGUACGUCAGAGAGGCUACGAGGAUGAUAAUGUGGUUUCUCCAGGGAGGUAUGUCUGUAAAUGUGAAUAUGGGUUUCCCAAGUUGGUCAGUUUCAAGAAAGACGACGAGGAUGAUCUCGUUCGUGCAAGUCUCUUCACUAGGUGGCUCACCUGUCUUUUUCUACCGGUUCAUAUUAUUAAAUUCCAGAAUUAAGUUUCUACACAAUAUUUAGCUGUUUAGCGCAGUUUGGAAUUUUAAUUUUAUUAACAUUAUUUAUUAAAAAGUUUUUCUUGCUA